AUGACCGACAACGAAAGGACUUCAGGCUCAGUUUGGUCACGAUACACUCAACGCAGGGAAGCGUUUGAGUGGUGGAAACGGUUCCGAGACGGCCGUUCAUCAGUGCAGGACGAUCCCGGCCUGGGCGGCUCCGAGCCCAGUGUCAGUGUUCCUGAGAACAUCCAACUUGUGGAGCGCCUCAUCUUCAAGGACCGACGAAUAACAUCUCUCGAACUGGCUCGAAAGACGGGCCUUUCUGUGGGAACGUUGAAAACUAUCACUCAUGAACACCUCCAGUUUCGUAAAGUUAGUGCCCGUUGGGUCCCAAGGCAGCUCUCUGUGUUUGACCGGCAGAGAAGACUGGAAAUCUCCCAAGAGCUAAGAGUGGAAGCAUCCGGGCUCGCCAGCUCCCAAGAAGUUCCGAAGCACCCCGUCCGCAGUGGUAUCACCAUCAAUAGUGCAUAUUACUGCCAGGUUCUCAGCGAUGUGCAUAAGGCGCUGAAGCAAAAGCGGCCCGGCCUCAUCAGCAAAGGAGUCCUCCUGCUACAGGACAAUGCACGCCCGCAUACCGCGCAUCCCACGGCACGCACCUUACAGGAACUUGGCUGGGAGUUGUUGCCACAUCCCCCUUACAGUCCAGGCCUCGCUUCCAGCAAUUUCCAUCUCUUCGGGCCACUGAAGGCAUUCCUUGGGGGCCGCCACUUCAGCUGA